CCGCGGUGAAGAUGGCGGCGGGCCCGGGUCGGGAGCUGUGAGCGCCCCGGGCCCGCCAACAUGAGCUGCUCGGCGGACGCCGUGAAGGACAGGCUGCUGUGGAACGUCAAGAAGGAGGUGAAGCAGAUCAUGGAAGAAGCUGUCACCCGGAAAUUUGUACAUGAAGACAGCAGUCACAUCAUCGCCUUAUGUGGUGUGGUGGAGGCGUGUCUCCUGCACAUGCUGAAGCGCAGGGCUGCCGGAUUCCUGCGCACCGACAAGGUGGCUGCACUCUUCACCAAGGUGGGCAAGACCUGUGCCAUAGCUGGAGACGUGUGCAAGAAGGUGCAGGAGCUGCAGCAGCAGGUGGAGAGCAGGAAAAACCAGCCAAAUGGGCAGGAACCCCUCAAAAGGCAGGGAUCAACCACAAGCAAAGCACCUGUCCUGACACCUCAGGCCAUCAAGCACAUCUGGGUUCGGACAGCCUUGAUUGAGAAGGUGCUGGACAAGAUUGUGCAGUACAUUGUUGAUAACUGCAGUAAAUACUAUGAAAAAGAAGCUUUGCUGGCAGAUCCUGUUUGUGGCCCAAUACUGGCUUCUCUGCUAGUUGGACCGUGUGCUCUGGAGUACACCAAGCUCAAGACAGCUGACCACUACUGGACAGACCCCUCGGCCGACGAGCUGGUGCAGCGGCACCGCAUCCACGGCGCCCACGGCCGCCAGGACUCGCCCUGCAAGCGCCCAGCCCUGGGAAUCAGGAAGCGCCACUCCAGCGGCAGCGCGUCCGAAGAUCGCUUCGCUGCUUCUGCUCGGGAGUACGUGGAGUCCCUGCACCAGAACUCCCGCACCCACCUCCUCUACGGCAAGAACAACGUGCUGGUGCAGCCAAAAGAUGACUUGGAGGCAAUUCCUGGGUAUCUCUCCCUUCAUCAAUCAGCUGACAGUUUGACAUUAAAAUGGACUCCAAACCAGCUGAUGAAUGGAACCCUUGGAGAUUCAGAACUGGAGAAAAGUGUUUACUGGGACUAUGCACUGAUUGUGCCACUGAGCCAGAUCGUCUGCAUCCACUGCCAUCAGCAACCAGAAAGCAGAUGGACACUAGUGCUGGUGAGCCAGGACGGGACGCAGAGGCCUCCGCUGCACUUCCCCCAAGGAGGGCACCUCCUUGCCUUCCUGUCCUGCCUGGAGAACGGGCUCCUGCCCCGGGGCCAGCUGGAGCCCCCGCUCUGGUCCCAGCAAGGAAAGGGCAAGGUGUUUCCAAAGCUUCGAAAACGGAACAGCAACAAAUCAGUGGACCUGGAGGAGAUGCCAGCUGAGGACACAUCCACAGACUAUGUCUUCAGAAUUAUUUAUCCUGGACACAAGCACGAUAACAUAACUAUUAACUACCACCACUUAGCUGCCAGCCGCUCUACCUCUGUUGACGAUGAUGAGGAGGAGGAAGAUAAGCUACACGCAAUGCUAUCAAUGAUCUGCUCUCGGAACCUCACAGCUCCUAAUAGGAUGAAAGACACCAGUGAGAUGAUAGAGAUGCAAGGCUUUGGGGCACACCUGUCGUGGCAGCUGGAGCACUGCAGCCAGGGCUCCUCCUGUAUCUCCUGCUCCAUGGGCAGCUCUCCCUAUGACAUUCCCAGCUGCUGCAACUGCAUCCACGACCGAACUCCACUAAAGAUGUUGUGUGAAAGCAUGAAGAGGCAGAUCAUUUCCAGAGCCUUUUAUGGAUGGCUGGCACACUGCCGGCACCUCUCCACGGUGCGCACGCACCUCUCGGCGCUGGUGAACCACAGCAUCGUGCCCCAGGACAGACCCAGCAGCGCCGCCGCCGGCCUCACCAAGGAGGUCUGGAGCAAGUACCAGAAGGACAAGAAGAACUACAAGGAACUGGAAUUACUAAGAAGAGUUUACUAUGGUGGGGUCCAGCAUGAGAUUCGGAAGGAAGUGUGGCCAUUCUUGUUGGGUCACUACAAAUUUGGCAUGGCCAAGAAGGAGAUGGACCAGGUGGACGCAGACAUUGCUCUGAGGUACCAGAAGGUGAUGGCUGAGUGGAAGGCCUGCGAGGUGGUUGUGAAGCAGCGAGAGAAGGAGUCGCACUCGGCCACGCUGGCCAAGUUCUCCUCGGGCAGCAGCAUCGACAGCCACGUCCAGCGGCUCAUCCACAGAGACUCCACCAUCAGCAAUGAUGUGUUCAUAUCUGUGGAUGAAGCAGACUCCGUGGAGCAGGAGCCCAAGGGGCAGGAGGAGCCCACGCUGACAGCAGCCCCUGCAGCCCCUGCAGCCGUGGAGUUCGACUCGCCCGACUCGGGGCUGCCGUCCUCCCGGAACUACUCGGUCACCUCGGGCAUCCUGUCCAGCAUCGACGACGGCCAGGGCGGCUCCUUCGAGGAGGGGGCUGAGGAGGAAGGCAGCACUGAGGGGGGAAGGACUGAGCUGGGCACACCCUGCGUGCAGAGAGCCAAGGCAGGGGUGCUGCAGGCCCAGGACUCUGUCUCAGAGGAGCAGCUGUGUUCCCAGGAUUAUUUGGUGGAUGUCGCCUCUGUCUGCGCUGCGUCCUACACGAUAGAGUUAUUGGAUACUGUUGCCUUAAAUUUGCACAGAAUUGAUAAAGAUGUCCAGAGAUGUGACAGGAAUUACUGGUAUUUUACUGCUGAGAACCUGGAGAAGCUCCGAAAUGUCAUGUGCAGCUAUGUCUGGGAGCACCUAGAAGUUGGUUAUGUCCAAGGCAUGUGUGACCUCCUGGCUCCUUUGAUGGUUAUUCUUGACAAUGAUCAGCUGGCCUACAGCUGCUUCAGCCACCUGAUGAAGAGGAUGAGCCAGAACUUCCCCAAUGGAGGUGCUAUGGACACACACUUUGCCAACAUGCGGUCCCUCAUCCAGAUUCUGGACUCAGAACUUUUUGAAUUGAUGCACCAGAAUGGAGAUUACACUCAUUUUUACUUCUGCUAUCGCUGGUUCCUACUUGACUUUAAAAGAGAAUUGUUGUACGAGGAUGUAUUUACAGUGUGGGAAGUUAUUUGGGCAGCAAAGCACAUCUCUUCAGAACAUUUUGUCCUUUUCAUUGCCUUAGCACUUGUGGAAGUUUAUCGAGAGAUUAUCCGUGAUAACAACAUGGACUUCACUGAUAUCAUCAAGUUUUUUAACGAAAUGGCUGAGCACCACGAUGCUGCAGAGAUCCUGAGGAUAGCCAGAGACCUUGUCUACAAAGUGCAGACCCUGAUUGAGAACAAGUGACCGUGGCCAGGCUGUCCCGGGGCCUCGCUGGGAGCCACUGGAUGGAGCAUUCCUUGCACUGUAAUUCCAAAUGGUGUUCUAAUUGCAUCUUCCAUGUAAUGUAAUAAAUAGCAAGGAGAUGGUGACAGACUUUUAAAACCUGAACUCUCCCUUCACCAGAUGAGGUUGGUCUUUGAUAGUCCUUGUUACACUCACUUUGUAUUUCUAGACAAAACCUUUUUGCAUUCUCUGUCUCCCUCUCUAGAAGAGAUCUGUCCACAUCUUGGCGAUUUGAAAGGGGGGAUUUGACAAACUGCACCAUUUCUAUUUUGACUUACUGCACCUGUAAAGCCUGGAUGCACCUGGUGUGCUCUGCCAGAAGCUGCAGUGGAGGCCAGGCCAGGCCCCUGUGGCGAGCACUGGAUUGGGUCCUUGGAGGAGCUCGGUCCUGGACUCGCUGUCUUUGCCUUGAACAUGGAAGAGAACAUGUCUGAGCUCAUGUUGCUGAAACAUUUGGGUUUGUAUUUAGCAGUGAUUAAAGCUGAUAAGGUUCCAGGCUGGGAGGAUGGCCUUAACCCAAAUGCCACAGUUGGUGGGAGCAGUGAGGGCCUUGGCUGACUGGCUCACACUGCUCAGCCCUCACAGCCCACACAGCCCUGCCUUGGUUCUGCUUUGCAAACUGCCAGGCCCUGCUCUGGGCUGCUCAGGUGAGCAGGUCCAGCCCCUGAGCUGUGCAGAGCCAUGUGGAUUCACAUCCCCUGGAGCACAGAAGGCAGUGCCCAGCCUGGGCAGGGGCUGGUGGGGCACGGUGCUGGGCUCUGCACGGGCACAGCUCUCACCUGUGCUGUCCCCAGGUGUGUGCUGCCAAGGGAAAGUGAAUCUCUGGGUCAGCCAGAGGGAGGGAGGAGGUUCUUGCUCCUGCAGUCGGCUGCAGAUUCCACAGACAGUUGUGAGCCACGUCCUGGCACACAGGGUCCUGCAGCCCCUGGCCCAGCCUGGACAGGUCCGAGCUCAUCCCAGCCCCGGCACUGCCCGACCUCCACUGCCCCCACGGCUGCUCUGCAGUCCCAGAAGUGCUCCAGGUGUGUCUGUCUGUUCACUUGAAAACUGAAAAAGUAUUUUUUAAAAGAAUAAGAAGAGUGAGAAAAAACCUCCAACUCCCAGACGCCGGGGAGUGAUGGAUGUACAGAUAAUACUGCACUAUUUUCCUUUGGUAUGUUGGGAAUGUUCUGUACAGCUGUUUCACACAAACCCAGUCUGUGAACUUUGCUGUAUUUGUUAGAACAUUCUGUCUGAUUGGAUUUUAUCAAUGUUGUGUAUUAUUUAUUUUUGUUUGGAGCAGACUAUUCUCUUUAUUGCUCAAUUAUUUAUGUUUAAAUGUAACUUAUGAAUAAAUACUUAUUGUCAAGGCA